AUGCUAUCCAUAGGUGAUCAGAAGUACCUUGAAUGGCGCACUAGGAAUUCCCAGCAACAGCAGACUUCUCAUCCUCUUGUCUAUAUUCUGAUUAGCCGUCAGCAUGGCCGACAAUGGAACACCAAGCGAACCCCCGCCCCGGUCGAGCACCUCAACAUCAAGGUCACCGAUAACAACAACGAGGUCUUCUUCAAGAUCAAGCGCACAACGCAGCUGAAAAAGCUCAUGGACGCCUUCUGCGAGCGCCAGGGAAAGCAGCUGUCUACUGUCCGUUUCCUGUUUGACGGUACCCGCGUGCGUCCCGAAGACACACCUGACUCUCUCGAUAUGGCCGAUGGCGAUACUCUGGAGGUGCACCAGGAGCAGAUUGGCGGUUAG